ACGUUGCCGCGCUAGCUGCCGUAAAACGAGCGGUUCUUUCUCCUCCGUACAGACACUGUUGCACCCAUUCAUGGACUUCUUUUUCUCAAGUUGCUCAUUAUGAGUUCUUCUGCCGUGCUGAAAACGCCUGGAAACACAAGUGAUGUCUACGCCUCUGUGGACAGCUAUCCAUGGGACGAUGAUCAAGAAUUCCAAGCUGGUCUCAGUGCUAUACUGGGUAGCAACAGCUCACCUGAGCAAUCCAUAGAGCUGGAACUACGCGCUCGUUGCUUCUACUACUCCAGAAAAUACAACACCAACAUCGACUUCAACACCUACAAAGCCUACCGUGCAACCAAUCCUACCUCUACAACCGGCACAGCUGCCCCCACCACAGCCGCAACAGUCGUCUCAGAAGCCUCAACCGCCCCCUCAACAACCUCAGCCGGCCCAGAGCCCGCAGCGCCCUACCCCACCUCCUUCGCCCACAUCGUCGACCUCAUCACAACGGGCCAGCCCAUCCCCGGCAUAAAAGAGAUCCCCAACACCGUCCUCGAAGGCCAAGGCACCUCCGCCUCCCAGCCGCGGCGCAAGAAGCCAUGGGAGAAAGACACCUCUCCCCCCUCUCCGCCCGCCACCACACUCGCCGAACCCGAAGCUCCAGCAGCACCAUCUGUAUAAAACCCGCCGGACCCACCUCCUUAGACCCCCUCCAAAGGCCCCAAAACCCUCCCAAUCCGGCAACCCAUCU